AUGUCUCAUUAUCAUCAUAAACGUCAUCAAUCACGUUCACGUUCACGUUCACAUUCUCAAGUGAACAAACGCGACACUCAACAAAAUCGAAAUAAUGAUCGAUCAAAGGAUUAUGAUAGACGAGCUGAUUCUAAUGAAAGACAUCAUCAUUCAAUUCAAUCAAACAGACAAUAUCCUUAUCAUCAUCAUCCACCGUUUUUAACUAUGUCAAUUGAUGAAAUCAUAAGUAAUGCUGAACAACAUCCACCUUUUGUUCAAGCAUUAGUUCGUGAACUGUUACUUGAACGAAAAAAACGACAAUUAACCGAAGAAAAAUUAAAUAUAUGUGAACAUGAUUAUGUACGUUUACGUGCUCAACAUGAAACAGUAAUAAAUAAUAUGACAUUAUUAAAACAUGAUUUUGAUCGAUGUAGAGUUGAUUUAAAAAACUGUUCUAUUGAAUUAAAUGAAUUACAUCAUAAUAAUCAUCAAUUAAGAGUACGUAUGGAUCAACUCUUAAAUGAUGAACGACAACAUCCAUAUACUAAUGAAGAAAUAUUCUAUGCAAAACGACAACGAAAAUAUUAA